GAAGAUCGGGGUGAUUUUCCCCUGGGUCGGAUCCGGUCGGUGGAUCGUCAGCUUCGAUCCCGCCGCCGUCACAAUCUGCUGCUCCCUGGUGCCAGCAAACUGGCCUAGGAUGGCUUGCGUCACAGCAGACGGCGGCUGGAUCGUCAGCGAGUACAUAAACAUAUGCGAGGUGGUCGCCAUGAUGGGCAGAGGGCGUCCUCGCCAGGCAGAGACGCCGGCGAACGCGAAUAGCAGUCCAAGUCCCCUUUUAAAUGGGCCUCAAUCCCAUUGCUACAUGCACAGAAACGAUAGGGGAGGACUCUCAACAGGCUGAGCGUCCUCGCGGUGCCGGGGCUGGUUUCGCACAGGAACACACAAGGAAGGGGAGGUGUGGGAGAAACGCGUCGGCAGCUUCAGCUUCGGAUGCAAAAUUUCGCUUGCGCCUGUUUGUCCUGUUUGGCUGCUUCACGUGACUCCCCUUUUCUGCCUGAGGCGUCAAGGCGGACGAUGGGUUUCUGCCGGCUUCUGUCAGUGUCAGCGUCUCAGGCUCGACCAGGCGGCGUCACUCCGCUCUCUUUCUCCUGCAACCACUCGCUCUGGACUGCAGCCGUGCCGUAUCCAGUGUUUCUGGCCUUGACUGAGACAGAAAGGACCGGCAGUAGCAUAUUUCGUCGGGUCUCGGUCCCCUUCUGCGGCAUCAUUGCUGAAAGCUCGCCUGCCGCCGCUCCCCCUCAUCACUUGCGCCCCCACGCCACCAGUUGCAGUUACGCAGGAAUGGCUGACGAUACCGCUCCGGCGGAGGAGUCCUCCAUCACCUUCACGAUCAAGUCGUCGAACGAUGCCAAAUUCUCCCUGACGCUGCCUGCGUCGACGUCGGUCGAAGAGCUCAAGAAUAUCCUGUCGACGUCGGACUAUGCGGACACUCCGGCGGAGCGCCAGCGGCUGAUCUACUCCGGUCGGGUGCUCAAGGAUAACGAAACCCUCGAGUCGUAUAAGAUCAAGGACGGGCAUACCAUUCAUCUGGUGAAAAGUGCGGCCAGCAACCAGCGGCAGGCGCCGUCGUCGCAGAGCACAGCAACCUCGGCCGCUACGGGUCCGGCCGCCACGGCCGCGCAGCCGACCGCUGGUGUCCCAACAAAUCUGGCUGCUGGAACGGGCAAUAAUCCGCUGGCUGGCUUGACCGGUGCACGGUACGCUGGAUUUGCCCAGCUCCCUGGUGCGGGCUUGUUUGGCCCCGACGGUGGUAUGGGCCCUCCGCCGGACGCCGACUCCAUGCUGAAUAUGCUGGAGAAUCCUCAAUUCCAGUCGACGAUCAACGAAGCGCUCCAAAACCCCGCUAUGAUCGACAUGAUGAUCCAGCAGAACCCGAUGCUGCGCGAUAUGGGUCCUCGCGUGCGACAGAUGAUGCAGAGCCCCGAGUUCCGCCGCAUGCUGACAGACCCCAACUCUAUCCGCCAGAUGAUGCAACUUCAACGGGCGAUGGGCGGGAUGGGUGGUGUUGGGGGCGGUGCUGGUGCCUUUCCAGCGCCCGGGGUCACCAACACUACUCCCGAAGAGAACCGUGGCGAGCAACAGCAACCGACCAACACCGGAGCGGCCCCUACCCCCAUGUUCAACCCGUUCAUGCCGCCUGCCAUGGGCGCCGGUAACCCGUUUGCGGCCCUGUUUGGCGGCAAUCCCAACCUGAGCACCAACCCGUCCACCGCAUCGACCACGACCAGCGGAGAUCAGGCGGAAUCAACACAACGGGCCGCCGGCGGCACGACUACAGGUGAAGCGCAGCCUCCGCAGAACCCGUUUGGAUUCCUGCUCAACCCUGCCAUGUUCGGUGCCACCCCGAACCCGGCGCAGACUGGCGGCCAGGCCGGCCAGACCGGCCAGGGGACCUUCAACCCCUUCAACCCGCAGCAAAACCCGUUCCUGCAGGAUCCUGCCUUGCUCUCCCAAAUGAUGCAGAACAUGGGCGGCGAGGCUGGCGCAAACCCCUUCGCAGCUCUCUUUGGCGGCGGCGGCGGCGGCGGGUUUGGAACUCCCCCGCCUCCUGACAACCGCCCCCCAGAGGAGCGAUACGCAGAACAGCUCCGGCAGCUCAACGACAUGGGCUUCUACGAAUUCGAACGGAACGUGGAAGCGCUGCGUCGCACGGGCGGCAGUGUGCAGGGAGCGGUCGAGUACCUACUGAGCCAUCCCUCAUAAGAACCGGGACUUUAGAGCCUCCUCCCCCUUCCUUCCCCCCUCUAAGAUUUCUUCUUCUUCUCAAUUUCCUCACGAGGAUGACGGUACCCCCUUCAUUUUCGCCCCUCCCCUUUGCGCCUUCGCCUUCUUUUUCCUCACCCCCCCCUCCAUGAGCCUUCUCUAUUUAUUAGUUAGUCGUUGGCGUAAUCCGUGCCCGGCUGACCGUCCUCUCCUUGCCCAGGAUGUGACCAUUCAA